GAAUUCAUUAAUUUGUUGUGCUUUGCCCUUUUUCACGGCAACUCUUUUUUCAUCAGUUCUUUUGGGUUGAGUUGACACCGUCUGUGGUGCGAGGUCUAGAUCGAUUUAGUAAUGAAAUGCUAUGAGUGGAUCGUGAAUCACCUAGUCCAGGUAUAGUACAGAGGUAACACCAUUGGACAACGUACUUUCGGGCCUCGUACAAAUGGGAGAAUUGUGCCUGGGCACAUGAUGGCUGAAAAUGGUAGUUCCAUUGAUUCUUGGCUUUUUUGCAAUUUAUACAAGACUUUAUUCAUCUGUCUGUGACUAUUUGUUUUCAUAUGUUUCCAUCUCAUCUUCAAGUACCCCGCCCCCGCUUAUUGUAACGACCAGGGAAAACAAACAUUCCAAGACCUGAGUCUACACCAGUAUUCCAGUGAGACAAAGAAGACAAACGUCAUCUCCGAAUCAGGUUACACUAAAACCUAUUAAAUUCACCGUUCCCCAUAAUUUCGAGUAACCUAACCUCGAUUGGUGCCUUUACAGCUUUCACCUGAACCAGCACGCCAAAUCUUUCAGCUUCACCGACCAUCAAACGACACCAGAUUUUCUAGGACAAAGAGAUUUCGCAAACUCGAGGAAUACCGAAGCCACUUGAAUGAAAGCAAAACAACAAAUCGAAAGGAUGGCAGCUGUACCAAAAGAAAUCUCUGAAACAGGUCGACCCAGCUCUUCCUCAUCUCGACAUGGUCCUCUGUCCCAUGGUCGUGGCGGCGCUGGUAAGAAAUCAUUCUAUAUCAACCCUCGAGUCUCAACACCGAUUCCUUCUGUUGGACUUGCUUCCAAAAGUGCGGGGUAAGAUGCGUAGGCAUUUUACGUUCUUCAAGGUGUCUAAAGCGCGAAUCUGGAGUCUCGAGUACCUCCGUGGUUUUCGACCCUAUAUCAAAAUAUCAUGCUAACAUAUCUCUGACAGGAAACAUUAGUAACUCGCCCGCCGAUUUCGACCCUCUAAGCCUCCAAACCCCCACCAUCAAAGGCGAUGUCUACACUACUGGACGGGGAGGAAGCGGUAACAUGACCAAGAACACCGAUGCCGAGGCCGCUCGAAGAGCUCAAGAUGUUGAGAGGUAAGCUCUUCCUCCGUCUUAUGUACAUCCCGUGAUUAGGCUUUUCUGUUUUGGAAGUUGUAAGCUAACGAAUUACCCAGCGCACCACGCCGACAAUCCAACUCUUCCUCGCACGUUGGUCGUGGAGGCGCAGCCAAUGUAUUCAAACCUACCGCCGAAGACAUCCUCCAAGCACGAAAGGACAAUGUCAAAUGGGAGAGUGCGAUUGAUGAUGAGACGAAUGGCAAACCGCAGAAGGGAUUAGCUGACAAGGGAAAGGAUUGGUUGUUUGGAAAGAAGUGAACGCGGAACUCUUCUACUUCUUUCGAGAUGAAUCUUCCGGGUUUGAUUGGGACUGCGAUCAAUGAUUCUGGAUUUCCGAAAAUGGUAAUUGCGGCGUUCUUGUGGGUGGAAUGACAAUGGGGGGCUUGGCGUUCAGAGCUUGGUUUCCUAAUUUGAAGCUGCUACUUUUUCUCUGCGUGGUUUACUCUUUAAAUUCUUGAGGAGAGUUCUUAGGGGUUAAUGAUACCGAUUGUUCAAUUGUGGAUUACUUAGUUUCCAAUCGUAUAUCCUCGCGCACUAAUCAGUCUUCAAAAGAGGUCUUUCCCCAUGUUAAAGAAUAUUUAUGGUGUAUUUCGACAUCAACGACACUUACCUCUAUUCCUUUUUGCGUCUCUAAUUAUAGAACGAAUUCUGGGCCUGACAUUCCGAGGGGAA